GCAGCGAGAGACACUGGGCUGGGUGCCAGCCGGGAUCCAGAUGGACCCCCGAGAACACGCGUCAGAUCAGGCGACGCCUCGACCACAGCCGGAUCGCGGCAGUGAAGGUCCGAGAGGCGAAGGCUUGGAACCUCUACGAAAAGCGGCGUGCUGCCCUCCCGGCGCGCCUCCGCAACAUCACCCACGAGCUCAACCCGGACACGGCGACCAAGAGCAAGAUCGGACCCAACAUGAGACUUGUGUACGCCUGCAAGCACUGCAGCUCCUGCCUGCGCACCUCGGCCGCGUUCUGGUCACCCUGUCGGGGCGCGCCCAAGGACGAACGUAUGGCCUCCCUUGACUACAAGGCGGAAGUCCGCGACGUCUUCGUCAAGAACAAGAUGGUAGACAAGAGGACCACGUACACCAACAUUCGGGACAGUCCGUCCUUCCAGGAGCAGAAAGACGCCAGCUGGGGGUACUACAAGCCACGUGCCCCGGGCAUCAUCCACAAGGCCGCCAACCCAGGGCCGCGGCGGACGUGGCGGAAGAAACACAUGGAGCAGCAGGUGCCUGCCGCGGGCGGCCUGCGAGCCUGGUGCUGCAACACCAAUGGGCUCACGGAUAAGAAAGGCAAGGGCAAAUGGGACAUGAUCCGGGGACAGCUGGAG